CAGAACGUCAGAAUGGGAAGGGCCUCCUAAAUCAGCAGAUUGCAGCCCCUCCCUUUGUCCCAGAUGGAGAAAUUGAGGCCUGAGUGGGGAAGGGUGGGUAGGACCUGUUGUUCAAGGGCCUGAUCCCAGCGUGUUCUCCCUGCCACCCCCUCCCACCCCAUGUGGGUCCUGGUCGGUGUAGGGAAGCGGGGAGUCUGGAGUCUGAUCCCCCCAGAAGGGGCGGACCCGCCUCCAUCCGCACUGAUGUGGGGCCGGAGCCACAGCAACCAGACACCAACGAUGAAUAAAUGAUGCCCACUCGCAGCCUGCGACCGGAUCGCCACAGCCAAGCGCCACAGCCAAGCGCCAGCUGGCCAAGGGGCAGUCACCGGGCCAACGGCCUGGCGGGCGUCGCUGGGCUCCCGGACCUGAGGCCCGCCAGGCAGUGGCGGCACGAAGAUGGCGGGGCCGCGGCGGGGCACAGGGCCCCUGUGGGCUCUGGGCGGCGCUGCGCUGGGAGUCUGCCUCGCAGGCGUCGCCGGGCAGCUGGUGGAGCCCAGCACAGCCCCACCCAAGCCCAAGCCGCCGCCGCUGACCAAGGAGACGGUGGUGUUCUGGGACAUGCGCCUGUGGCACGUGGUGGGCAUCUUCUCGCUCUUCGUGUUGUCCAUCAUCAUCACUCUGUGCUGUGUUUUCAACUGCCGCGUGCCCCGGACUCGGAAGGAGAUUGAAGCCCGUUACCUGCAGCGACGGGCAGCCAAAAUGUACACUGACAAACUGGAGACUGUGCCACCCCUCGACGAGCUCACAGAAGUCCCUGGAGGUGAUAAGAAGAAGAAGAAAAAGGACACUGUAGACACAGUGGCCAUCAAGGUAGAGGAGGAUGAGAAGAACGAGGCCAAGAAAUGAGAGAAAUAAGAGCUUCCUGGAGGUGGCAGCUGGGGCUGGUUCGGCUCCAGGCAUCUUAUACUCCAGGCUCACACAUGGACCACAGAGGUUAUAGAACAUCCUCGCCCUGCUCAAAGGGGGUUGCUGAAGCCCACGACCAUGUCCUUCUGGCUAAUCAGGGGCAGGGACAAGCCUGCAAGUGUCCUGCCUCCUGGCCCGGACUCUGCUCCUUUUACACCAUCCACGUGGCCGCUCAGCAAAGUUGGUCUUGGGCCACUGUCCCUACAGAGAUCCAGAGCAGCGUCACACAUCCCAGACAUGACUCUGGCCCACCCCUUGUGCCAGAAACAGCAGUGGCUCUGAAGAGAUGACGGGGUGUGGGUUCACUUCUGGAAAGGGAUGUGAACUGGACGGCCCGGGGGUGAGGCCACAGCCAGGCUGGCAAUGAGGAGAGAGAGGGUCACUGUGGAAAACUGGGGCAGCAGGAGAUGCCCAGACUUAACCAGAUAGCAGCCCUGCUGGCUAGGGGGCUGUUCCAAGCCUGGCAGGGAUUCUGGGGUGAGCAGAGGUGUCCUGGGAGCAGAACCCCCAGCCCAGCAGACCAAUCUCCAGGCAAUGGGACGCACUUUCACACGUUGUGACGGAGCUGAGGCUGCUGGGAGGACACCAUGAGGCCCAGGGGCUCACGGCUGGGGGCUGCAGGGGUGGGUCACAUGUGCAGGAGGCAGAGGCCAGCAGGCCAGAAGGAGAAAGCUGGCACCUGGUCUCCAUCUUGGGAAUACAGGGAAUAUUUGAGAAGCCAGGGGGAACCAUGGGCUGUUCUGUGGCCCUUUGCUCAGCUGUGGUGGGAAGUGCCAGGGCCCUAGGGGAGCACCACAGGGGGCAGCUAGGGGCUGAGGCAGCAGCCAGCCUUCCACCUGCUGAAUAUAACAGCCGCACCUUCCUCUCGGACCAUUCUCAACCGCGGUGCCUCAAAGAAGCACUGCUGACGAGAAGGCGAAGGCCCAAAGGCCAGCUGGGGACUGAUUCCUUUGGGAGAGAUGCACAGAGGGACUUCCAGAUGGCAGCGAACAUCAGCUGAGGCUUUCAGACUGGGCCUCGUGACUGCGGAGACACCAGAGAAGGUUUCCAAGCCAGGGGAGCUGCUGGAAAAAGUGCCACUGCUCCCACAGUCUGCACAUUUGUGAAUAAAGCUGAGUGCCUUCUCAUACCUGCGUGCCCCAUGACCCCUCAGGAUGCCCCCUCCCUGGGGCACUUACGUGGAGGGUGACGCAGCCAUCGGUGACAGGUGGCACAUGCCAGGCUGAAGUUCCCUCCCAUGACUUUUUCCCCAGAAUCAGGAUGAGCUGGAGGGAGAGACAGUGAUGCAGGAGCCAAAGGGGCAGCUGUGGCCAGCUGGGCCCAGCCCUGAGGCAGGGCGACAGGA